AUGUCUCUGAAAGUCAUAGCCGACUCACUGUCACUGUCCAACAUGGCAUCGAAGACGCGUAGCUGCGAAGAGAAAGAAGACGCCCUGAUUCAACUAACUUGCAUUAUUCAAUACAGCGAAGGUGGAGCUGUUGUCACGUUCAUCGUUGGUCCCGAAGGUGCAACGGAGACGUUUAUCGUCCACAAGGAAUUUGCAUGCUUCUACUCGAGGGUACUUGAUGGAAUGUUCGAUGAAUCAUCUAUCAAGCAUGACCGUAGCUCGCAAGGGAGGAGACGUGCCUUGAUAUUCAAAUUCGUCGAGGGCCAAACCCAAACUUAUCGCAUGGACGACGUAUCGGCUGACGCAUUCCGAUACUUCGUCGAGUGGCUUUAUACACAGUCCCUCGAUAUCGAACAGCUGAAGCCCGUUGGACAGAUGGAUGACCAUCGUUGCGACAAAGAGGACCUCUGUCUAGCCGAACUCUGGAUUCUUGCCGGAAAGCUUUUGAUCCCGAGCUUGCAAAACACAACGAUUAAAGCGAUGUGGAAGCUCGGAAAUGAAAUUCCACCUGACCCUGACACACUUCACUAUAUCUUUAACAACGUGGCUGCCCCCAACAAUCCCGUCCGUCUUUUAGUAGUUCGUCAAUGUUUGCAGGCCUUGAGCAACGGUGAUCUGAGAGUAGAAGAUCUGAGAGCGAUGCCAGAAGAUCUCUUAGUUGAGAUUACAUAUGAGACUGCUACCUAUUUGCCCGAAGUGCAGUCGAUGGAUUUGAAUGACCUCUUAGUAACGACAGAAGCGAAAUAA